GAAAAGAAUAGGGAUAUAUAUUGCCGCUGAGGUAGCGUCGCGCGUCGGAUAUCAGAAAGGGGUUUGGGCAAAACCUCUCGGAACCCUAGAAGGCGAAGUUGGAGGCAUCGUCGGUCGGCGACAGAAGAGAGUGAAGAUGAUCAUUCCAGUUCGUUGCUUCACUUGCGGAAAGGUGAUUGGAAACAAAUGGGAUCAUUACCUUGAUCUUCUGCAGGCAGAUUAUUCAGAAGGUGAUGCACUUGAUGCUUUGGGUUUGGUUCGCUACUGCUGUAGGCGAAUGCUCAUGACUCAUGUCGACCUUAUUGAGAAGCUUCUUAAUUACAACACUCUGGAUAAGUCUGAUACCAGUUAGCCAAGCGACGAGUUUUCUGAUUUUUCACGUGCAGCCGUAUUGGCUUUAUGAUGGUGUUUGUGUUCAGUUAUGAGAAAAGAAAAACUACCGGAGGGCUCGAGUUAAGCUAUGUCUUGGCAUUCUAGUUUGUUUAAUUAUGGAUUCAUACGGACUCGAGUACUUAAUCUUCUACGUGUUUAUUAGUAUUUAGGAGUUGUAUAUUAGAGCCGUGUAGCAUUUUCCAUAGGAUGCAGUUACUCAUUGAUUUUAGUUCUCUGACGUUUUUGUGGUGUUUACAUCCAGUUAAGAGAACAAAAUUUAUAGGAUCAUGUAGUGCAAGAUUUGAUUUAAGCUA